UGAGGUGUAUCCAAAGUGUGAAGAGUAUCCAGGAAGACGGCAUAGCUAAGACGCGUAGAAUGGCGUACAAUAUAUGUCUCACCUAAAAACACUCUGAGCAGGAACCCUUUGCACUUCCACAUUUCGUUGCAGAUCCUAUGGAUCUUUCUUACAACCCACGCGGAGUCACCACCAGGCGCUCCAAGCUUGGGGACUAAGGGGCCUGAGUGAAGUCUCCAGACAGCUGUCUACAGCACGCCUGAGAGGACCACAUAAUUUCAUCCGCACACGAAGCGCACAAAAGGCCACCCGAGAACACGAGGAAAUUUACAGCCUGGGAAGAAAAGGCGGGAUAAGCUUUCCUUCCCAGUCUUGCCCGCUGGAAUUCACGGCGCGCCCCUUCCAACAGGCACUACGGCGGCCGCCUUUCUCUCUUUUUUUUCUUCACCCAUCACGCACUGCAAUGCCGGCUUCCGAAGGCGGCGGUGACUGUGGAGAACCAAGCUGAGGAAAGGAGGGAGGGAGGGAAGAAAGGAGGGAGCGCGAGGGUGGAAUUCUGUUGGGAAGAGGGCGGAGCUUCAACCGUCUCGGGGGCCUCGUUCCCUCAGUCGCUCCGUCUGAGGCGUUUGUUGCUGUUUGUUGCCGCCCUCCUCUCUCUCUCCCUCUCCCCCCCCCGAUGGUCAGGAGGGGCGAGCGGACCUUACUUUCUUUCGACCGCCGCCGCCUUUCUCUCCCGUCGUCGGAAAGAUGCCGCUCUUCACUAGCAAUCCCUUCGACCAGGAUGUGGAAAAAGCAACCAGUGAAAUGAAUACUGCUGAAGAUUGGGGACCCAUCUUGGACAUUUGUGAUAAAGUGGGACAGUCACGAACAGGACCUAAGGACUGUCUUCGGUCUAUAAUGAAGAGAGUGAACCACAAGGAUCCUCAUGUUGCUAUGCAAGCAUUGACACUUCUUGGAGCAUGUGUCUCAAACUGUGGAAAAAUUUUUCAUCUAGAAGUAUGUUCAAGAGAUUUUGCUAGUGAAGUAAGCAAUGUGCUCAAUAAGGGUCAUCCAAAGGUCUGUGAAAAACUAAAAGCUCUCAUGGUGGAAUGGACAGAUGAAUUCAAGAAUGACCCACAACUUAGUCUGAUAUCUGCUAUGAUAAAAAAUCUUAAAGAACAAGGUGUUAUGUUUCCAGUUAUUGGUUCACAGCAGGCUGCAGAACAGGCAAAAGCAAGCCCAGCUCUGGUAGCUAAAGAUCCUGGAAUAGUAGCAAACAAAAAAGAGGAAGAAGAUUUAGCUAAAGCCAUUGAAUUGUCACUGAAAGAACAGAGACAACAACAAACAUCACUUUCCAGUCUUUAUCCCAGCACCUCAAGUCUCUUAACAAAUCACAAACAUGAGGGCCGGAAAGUCCGGGCAAUUUAUGACUUUGAAGCUGCUGAAGAUAAUGAACUAACAUUUAAAGCUGGAGAGCUUAUAACUGUACUUGAUGACAGUGAUCCAAACUGGUGGAAAGGUGAAACUCAUCAAGGGACAGGAUUAUUUCCUUCUAAUUUUGUAACUGCUGAUCUUACAGUUGAACCAGAAAUGAUGAAAUCUGAGAAGAAAACUGUGCAAUUUAGUGAUGAAGUUCAAGUUGAAACAAUUGAGCCAGAGCCUGAACCAGUUUAUAUUGAUGAAGAUAAAAUGGACCAACUGUUGCAGAUGUUGCAAAGCGCAGAUCCAACCGAUGAUCAGCCAGAUCUCCCAGAGCUGGUCCAUCUUGAGGCAAUGUGUCAUCAAAUGGGACCUCUAAUUGAUGAAAAGCUAGAGGACAUUGAUAGAAAACAUUCAGAAUUAUCAGAGCUUAAUGUUAAAGUGAUGGAGGCACUUUCACUAUAUACCAAACUGAUGAAUGAAGAUCCAAUGUAUUCAAUGUAUUCAAAACUACAAAACCAACAGUACUAUAUGGGCCAGUCUGGUGUUUCAGGCUCUCAGGUUUAUCCAGGACAACCUCAAAGUAAUGCAUACAUGGUGGCAGGAAGUGCUCAGAUGGGCCCUGUUCAAGGUUACAGUCUUCCUCCUGAGCAACUUCCACCUCUCAACCAAGGCACCGUUCCUCAAGCGGCAAGCUCUGGAUUACCUAGCCAGCCAGUUCAAACAUCCUAUACAAACGCAAUGGUUGGUUCUGUUCCAGGAAGUACAUAUUCUAGCCAAGCUUCAGUCUACAGCCCACCCCCAGCUGCUACUGCUGAUGUUGCUGCUUAUCAGAAUUCUGGAACUAUAUCCCAGGUGCCAAGCUAUAACUUAGUCACCUCAACCCUGCCCCAGCCACCAGGCAGCCAGCCGCAGCAACAGCCUCCACCAUCACAACAGAAUACUUACUCUCAGAAGGCACUACUAUAGGAUAUAGGACUUCUGAUUCCUAAUCUGCUCUAACCUCUGCUGAAGGCAGUUUACAAUGUUAUCAGUUUAUUCCUUAAUAUCUUAAAAGUGGGUUAUCCUCGGCUUAAUAGGAAUCUUUCUUGGUGAACAAGUAUGAUGAUUCUAUUUGCACUGACUUUUUAGGAUUUUUUUAAGUUUGCAAAGGAGUUAAAAUACGUAGGACAUUUAAUUCCUUUUAAAAUGCCUAAACAUUGGUACAAGGUUAUUUAUGUCUGCUGAAAUUGGCUAGUUUGUGAAGAGUCAACUUGGCAAACUGUUGUGGCAUAUAUGUUAUGUACAUAUAGUGUGUUUGUGUUAGUGGCUGUUUUGAAUUACUAUGGUGAUCAUGUGAAUAUAUAACAGUGUUAAAAUAAUUUACAUUACUGUUUUAUUAAUCAUGGACCAUGUUCAUGGAUUUUAUAAGAGUGUCCGUUCAGAAUUUAGGAGAAAGCUCUAACUUGCAUAUCACAAAUACUUAUGCACUAUGGAUAUGCUGUUGAAACCAAACUGUCUAAUUUUCAUUAACUGUACAUUGAAUGCAAGUGUGUCCUGCCUUCCUGUAGCCAUCGGUGCUACUAGAUGACAUUAUCUACCAAAGUUAGAGGUCUAGAACUUCAAACACUCUGCAUUCAGAAAACAGUCUGCUUUAAUGAAUAAUGGUUUCAUAAUAAUAACUUGUAAGCUGCUAAAUGUGUGGGACCAGGAAACACAUCUGAACUCUUUUAUCUAUUUUGUUUAAAUAAUGUAACUUACAUUUCCAUGCUGGUUUUUGUCACCUGAAUGCUGAAGUAUAUUCUGUGUAUAUUUGGUGGAGAGCACACCAAAAACAGAAAGGGGACACUUUGGAUGUGAGUGAAUGACAUUUUUAAACUGGAACAACACACAACAACAAAACACUACAUUUAUUAAAGGACUGUCAUUGUCAGAUCA